AAAUGACCCUCUUCAAACAGCCAUGUCUUUACUCAAAGCUGGACAAGGAAGACCCAGAAGAGGUGUCUCACCGACGAGCCAAGUUCUUGAUUUACAAAACGCUUCAAAAGGUCGACGUGGUGUCUCGUCGUUCUUCUCAUCCGUCGUCCUUUCUAAGGAUGAAGCUGUUAAGGUUGAAGGCCAAGAUCGGUAAGAGUUUGACUAAGCUACGUCGGAACAUAGAAUCCGCCGUUAGAUUUGGCGGAAUUCAAAAGCAUUCUCAAAGCAGCAUGAGAGCCUUGAAGAAGAUGUUCCACGGUGGUGCAACCAAUGGACUACCAAGGCCUAUUUUCGCUCUUGAAGUUUGAUUUUUGAUUUGUCUUCUCUGUAUUUCACUUUUUUUUUUCUUUCUUAGAUUAAUUUCUGUUGAUAUCUCCAUUACAGAAACUGAUCAAGAAAUGUAAU